AUGAAGGAAAGGUCUUCUGAUGAAUACUCCCCAAACACAAUCCAGGACCUCUUUGCCCCCGAUGAAGAUGGUUUCAUCCCUAACAUUGUGGUGUUACAAGGACCUGCUGGGAUUGGAAAAACAAUGACCUCCAAGAAGAUCAUGCUGGACUGGGCCUCUGGGAAUCUCUACCAAGACAACUUUGACUUUGUGUUUUAUCUGAGCUGUAGAGAACUCAACACCAUCACUGGAAAGAUAAACCUGGUGGGACUUUUAUCCAAAAGCUGCAGACUGCAGUGUUCAGAUGACCUCGUGUCUAUUCUGAAGGAUCCUGGAAGUCAUAGAAAACUUCUCUUUCUAGUUGAUGGUUUUGAUGAACUGAGGUGGACUCUGGGGGAGGAAUCUAAGGUUUGUCAUGAUGUUUUUGAGGAAACUCACAAAAAAAUACUUCUCCAAAGCCUGCUCAGGAAACAGAUUGUCCAACAAUCUUCUCUGAUCAUCACCACGAGGUCCCUGGCCAUGAAGAAACUGAACACAUUGAUAGAUGAUUAUCGCUAUGUGGAAAUCCAGGGAUUUACAAGGGAAGAUCGGGAGGAAUAUGUCCAUAAAUUCUUUGGAAAUACAGCAGACGCAGACAAGGCUCUCCGUAUAAUAAGAGACAAUGAUAUUCUGUACACCAUGUGUGCUGUCCCCAUCACAUGCUGGAUUGUCUGCACUGUAAUACAACAAGAAAUAAAGAAAGAUCUGGGUUUAGUUAGAUGUAAAACAAUGACCUCCAUUUACCUCCUCUACCUGGAGGUUUUAUUAACCCAUCACAGCAAGAAGGACCUGUCUGUGUAUGGGAGACCUCGAGGCAUCACCACCUGUCUGAUGAAGCUGUGUGCUCUGGCCCAUGAGGGAGUUCUGAAGCAGCAAAUCUUGUUUAAGGAAAAAGAUCUACAAAGACAUGGACUUUCUCUGUCUGUGGUGGAGUCUGUGUUUCUGAAUGAGAACAUCUUUCAUUGGGACGUACGCAACCAGACCUACUACAGCUUCAUCCACCUGAGUGUGCAGGAGUUCUUGGCUGCUCUGUAUUAUGGGCUGGAUGGUGGUUUUGGAUUUAUGAAAAGUUUUUUCCGCCCGACGAUCUGUAAAGGGAAAUCCCUCUCAGCAUUGAAGUCAGAUUACCAACAUUUAGCUUUAGCUGUACAAUUCCUGUUCGGUCUCCUGAAUGAAAAGAUGGUGAAAACAUUCUUAGAGGUCACACGGAUCAACAUCUCACUGCCAACCAGAUCUAUAAUAAAAGAAUGGACCAUGAAGGACACCAAUAGAAUAAUCAAUACUGAUGACAUUGUCUGUCUGUAUGAGACUCAGGAUGAGGACUUCAUAAGGAGAGUCAUGUCUCAGAGUUCAGAUUUGAUGGUGUUUGGCAUAGGGUCUGACAGCAGGGGGAAUGUGAGGAAUUAUUCCAAGCAGCUGGACUAUUGCUUGAAGACUUUGAAGAGUAAACGUUUUCAGUCUUUACAUUUUGAAAAGCUCAAACUGGAUCCCGAGUGUCAGAAAUCGUUAUCUCUGUUUGUACACAGGAGUCAGAGAGUUGGGUUUCGGGAUUGUAAGUUUCAGAGUUGGUAUGGUCAAGAUGAAGAGUCCUCCUCCUCAGGACAUGAUGAAGAGUCCUCCUCCUCAGGACAUGAUGAAGAGUCCUCCUCCUCCUCAGGACAUGAGAUGGUUCCUGAUAAUCUUUCCUUUCUGAAGAGUAACUUUCCCCUGGAGAGUAAAAUUCAGGAAUUACGUUUGGAUCGUUGUGAUUUAACUUCCUCAUCCUGUGAUGUUGUCCGAUCAAUACUUAUCACUGAUCGAUCUCUCACCACACUGUAUUUAUCACAUAAUAAUCUGCAGGACUCUGGAAUAAAACUUCUGUGUGAGGGUCUCCAACAUCCAGACUGCACUCUGCAUGAGCUGAAUGUAACUGACUGUGGAGCGACAUUAUGGUGCUGUGAUGAUCUUUGCCCCGUUAUCACCACAAACCGAACUCUGACCAAACUGGAUAUAACAUUGGAUUAUGAUAAGAAGAUGUCUGACUCAGAAGUUGCUCGUUGUUGUGAGGUCCUCCGAUAUGACGGAUUCACUGUGGUUGACAUGUUCAGCGAUGAGAGAUUCUACUGA